AUGCCCAUCCCUACUGAUAAGUUCACUGUAGGGAAUUAUGUGUUAUUGAGAGUUUCACCGAUGAAAGGAGUCAUGAGGUUUGGUAAGAAGGGCAAGUUGAGUCCAAAGUUUAUAGGACCUUAUGAGGUCACAGAGAAGGUAGGAAAGGUGGCCUACCGACUAGCACUACCCAAUGAGUUGGGCAAGGUCCAUGAUGUGCUUCAUAUCUUGCAGCUGAAGCGAUAUGUUCCGGAUAAGUCGCAUGUGCUAGAUCCCGAGCCCUUAGACCUUGAUGAGAAUUUGUCUUAUGAGGAGAAGCCUAUCGAGGUCUUAGAUUCUAAGUUGCGCAGUACGAGGAGAAAAGAUAUAAAGAUGGUGAAAGUUCUAUGGUCUAACCAGCGCACACAGGAGGCGACAUGGGAAACUGAGGAUUCCAUGCGUGAGAAAUACCCACUCCUUUUUCCCGAGAUUGAGUAUCUUUUUGUUAAUAGUGUCAAUAAAGUCACGAUCUUUGAGUUAAUUCCUUAG